ACCGACAUAGUUGCGUUCGACGGACUCGUCGACGGCCGCGCCAUCUGUCAUUUCCGCUUUCUUCGAUCGCGUGGUACUCGCUCGCGUGCGUUCUUUUUCCGCUUCGUCAAAAUGGGUAUCGAUAUUAAUCAUAAGCAUGAUCGGAAAGUGCGGCGAACGGAGCCGAAGUCGCAAGAUGUGUACUUACGACUUCUCGUCAAGCUAUAUCGAUUCCUGGCAAGACGUACAAAUUCAAAAUUCAACAAGAUUAUUCUGAAACGAUUGUUUAUGAGCAAGAUUCAUCGACCACCGAUUUCACUGGCAAGAAUAGUCAGAUUUAUGAAAAAACCUGGAAGAGAAAAUUGCAUUGCCGUGAUUGUCGGUACUGUCACCGAUGACGCCAGGAUCUUUGAGGUCCCCAAGUUAACGGUAUGUGCUCUACGCAUAACUGAGAAGGCUCGAGCACGCAUUUUGAAGGCUGGUGGUGAAAUCAUCACAUUUGACAACUUGGCGUUACGCGCCCCGACUGGCAAACGCACGGUUUUGAUGCAAGGCCCGCGCAAGGCUCGCGAGAGCGUUAAGCACUUUGGCCUGGCACCUGGCGUGCCACAUUCUCACACGAAACCUUAUGUGAGGUCUAAGGGUCGCAAGUUCGAGCGGGCGAGAGGCCGCAGACGUAGCUGCGGUUAUAAGAAAUAAGAUCGAUGUAACACUCUUUUCGCCGGAUGUUCCAUCAGGCGUGACUCUUCUUUUCACACAGUAUGGCUGAAAAAAUAAUAAACAUUGAUUCUCAUAUAACAA